AUGGCUGCCAUGUGUUUAAACCAGCUUACUGACCUAAGCAGGGAAGAUACAUCAAAUUACUGGACUGGCUCCAUCUAUUUCAAGUCGCCCGAGAAUGGCACGUAUCGGAAAGUUCCACAGAUGGCCAACGGACGUCUGAACCAAACUCUCCUCGAACAAGAAGGGGGUCUUACCAUAUACUACAUGCGUCCGUUUGGCGAUGUGAACAAGACUACAACGGCCAUGAAACCCGGCUUCCGCAUGCUUGCUGGCGACGUCAUGAAUCGCAACAAGAACGGCACCUUUCCAGGCAUCUGCCAUAGAUGCCUGCAAGCUAGCGAACGUGUUACAGGUGGUUCUGGAGCACCUUGUUCUGCAAAUGACACGGCUAGCUUCCCUUUGACACCUUGCCCUGGAGGCAUUCGCGCCACAGUGAUAUUUCCCUCGUGCUGGGACGGAGUGACAUUGGAUUCGCCUGACCAUAGAUCACAUGUUGCAUAUUCACCCAACUCGGGUGCGCUCGGCGGACUCGCUGAUGAUAAAUGUCCAAGUACCCAUCCGGUCAGAAUCCCACAGGUAAUGUAUGAAGUCAUGUUCGACACGUCUGGAUUCGCAGAUGCAAAGUACUAUCAAGACGGGAAACAGCCUCUGGUGUACAGCUUUGGCGACAGGACUGGGUUUGGAGCGCAUGGCGAUUACCUGUUUGGGUGGAAAGGCGAUGCUUUGCAGCGAGCCAUGGACGCUUUGGGCAACAAGUGUGGAAGCGAAGAUUGCUCUGCAACACUGACGAUUCAGGACGGAAAAGAAGCGAUUGCAUGUACGAAGGCGCAACAGGCUGUUGAAGAUGUAGGAGUAAAUACAUGGCUUGAGGAACUACCCGGUGGUGUGCAGAUUACCUAG